AUGAUAAAUGGAUUUGCGUUACUGUCGGAUGUUUGGCUAUUAAGUCCCAACCGAAGUUUAGCUAAGCAACUGGCUGAUGAAGGCUAUGAUGUUUGGCUGGGUAAUUAUCGUGGUACAACGCAUGGACGUGAUCAUGUCACAUUGUCACCAAAUGACAAAAAAUUUUGGAACUUUAGUGUUCAUGAAAUUGGAUACUAUGACGUUCCAUCAACAAUUGAUUAUGUUUUGAAUGCAACAAAUCAAAAUUCUUUGAUAUUUCUUGGAUAUUCAUUGGGAACGGCAUCACUAUUCAUUGCAUUAUCAGAACGACCAGAGUAUAAUUCAAAGGUUCAAUUGAUGAUUGGCUUUGGUGCAAUUGCUGGAUUUAUAAAUAAAAAUUAUAUGGACAUGACAAUGUAUAAUUUUAUAGAAUCAGUUGGAAAGAUUUAUGCCAAUCUUUUGAAUUAUUUUCCUGGUGGAACAUCUGGAAAAGUUUUUCUGCACUGGGUACAAUCAGCAAAAUUUCGUAAUGCCUAUUUAUCCAUUAAUCUUGUAACAUUUUAG